AUGGCUGGGGCGCUCUACUGGCAUCCAUGCUCAUCGUCAACAUACGCACCAGCUGCUAGAGGAAACAGUGAUGACUUUGUGCCUGCCUCAGUUGACCCCAACAAAACUUCCAUUGUCGACUUUGGAAGCAAUGGAAAGGUGACGGUGACUAUGCCCAACCUCGAGGGGUCGGGCACAGGUCGGGAAUCAGUGUACCAGGGCAUGCGAAAGCCUCAUCAGAAGGAGUGUGUGCUCAUCUUUAAUCCGGACACAGGGGAAUUUGUUCUUGAGAAGCUAAACACUUCGAUGAUUGUUAAGAAAGCCCGUUUACGGCAGGACGACUCUUCCGGCAAACCACUGAACACUGUCUCUAAUAACCAGAAACCCACUUUGUCCAAUGGCUCAUCAUCUUCAGGACCCUCUUCCAGUCAGGCCAAAAGCUCAACUCACAAUGAUAAAGCCAAGUCAUCAACGCUCAAAUCAACAACUUCGGGUCUGAACAUGCCUACAGUGGGCAGUGCUACUGCUUCAAAGUUGUCCAACAAAACCUCGCCACCUCUACCGUCUACCAGUACUGGACUGACUGCACCUAGGGCGAACGGUUUUAGACAGAAAACGCCCAGCCCUCCUUCGAUGCCAAUAUUCUCUGUCAAUAAGGGUUCCCUUCUGCACACCAAUGGAACUCCAGCGACCAGUGGCAGAUCAUCGGACAGUAGUCAGGACUGGAAUGGUAGCAGCGGCAAGUCCAAAGAGCAACAGGCAUCAUCAGUUGCUAAAUUAAGUCAUAAAAGCGGAGCAAAGCAUUCAUCGUCCAAUCGAAAUCUCUCGGAGGACUCGUCCAGUGAUUCGGAUGCUAAUUCUGACGAUGAGAGCGAUUCGAGUAGUCAAAGCAGUGAUAGCAGCAGUGAUGACGAGGAAAUGCGGCCAGUUUCCAUGAGCACAGAGCUUUCCACUUCGAAGCAGGCGGUUAACGGGGGCACUACUAAUGCACUCUCUAUGCCCUCUAUCUUGCCGAGCAUAUCCAUGCCAACUGCAUUGGCACUUCCUUCUGCCUCACUGGACUCGACUUCUCCGAACAUGCAAUUGCACUCGUCUUCUUCCAACCAUGCCAAAUCUCCCAUCUCUGAAUUGAGUAGAAAAGCUCCAGAGGCGUCGGCUCUUUCCUUGUCGCUUUCUGAAGACUCGGAUGACUCGUCAGAUGAUGAGGCUGAAAUGACACGUCCCGGGCCGACUCAACUAAACGGAAGCGAUCAGCAGCAGAGGAAAACUUUGCCCAAAAGUGGAUCGCCACUAGAGUCGACAUCAAAGUGUUCACCAUUCGACUCUAUGCCCAAGUUUCUCAAUAAUGGCUCUGCUCCUAGCGCACCUUCCACCUUUCCUCCAAUUCCCAAAGUCACUUACAGUCAAUUAAGUCAAGACUUGCAACUCAGUGAAUCUGGUAGUGAUAGUGAUGACGACUGA